AGAAAUCAAUUUUACUUUGUUCAUCAAAAAUUUAAAUUAAUUAUAUAUAUGCUACGCAGUAACAACAACACAUAUCAUUUUAGUGUUGAGUUUAUGGGGUACCAGAGGUGUUUGAUGAUUCAUGAACCUGACUCUGUUUGAGUCCAAAAUAAAACACAUGUAAUCAUCAAAAUCAGCAACCACUCUAAAAUUUUGAAUUUCCUUGGUACAAUAAGGGGCAUGGCCUUCCAUUUUGGAUCUGUGGGAGCACGUGAUCGAUGAUGAUUCCCUAAAAAUAAAAUUUGUAAUCGUUGGAGCUACCAAAUCAAUUGUGUAAUCAAAGCCGUCCAAAUCCAUGUCACCACUUGUAUCCAUCAAACGAAUCAAAAAGUCAACAGAUUCUACGUUACCGAUUCAUUCCUUUUUCCUAGACUGACUGCAGAGAAUAAAAACCCUAAGGCCCUGUCCUAUUGUUCAAAGUCCUCAGUCAAAGUUACCAAACAUUUCAAAACAGUCAAUCACUCACUCACUCACUCUCUCUCUCUCAGAGCUCAUGGAGAGACCAGGGGAAGAAAUUAGAAGAAGAAGAAUCAGACGAGCAGAAAAACAAAAGGAAGUAAUAGUGUGCCGCCCUCGCCCCAUAUUACCUCCUCCGUUCAGAGAAGUCAACUUGGCGGCAAUAGCCAUCGAUUUGAAUAUACGGCUGAGAUCGGCGGACAUGCCGGCUGUGAUGCAAGACCGUGCAUUCCGGUGUACAAGAGCGUUGCUCGACUCAAAUAGUGACCAGAAAAAGCCCAGUCCCACCCACUUGGCCAUGGCUCUCAAGAAAGAAUUUGAUUCACGGUAUGGUCCAGCUUGGCAUUGCAUCGUGGGAAAGAGCUUUGGAUCGUUUGUGACUCACUCGAGUGGAGGGUUUGUAUAUUACUCAGUGGAGAAGCUCAGUUUUCUACUGUUUAAAACUCAAGUCCGUCCGGUUAAGAAUCGUUAAAUGCAUUUAAAUUCAAUUAAUUAAUCUUGAUCAGGAUUGGAUUGGAGAUACUAAGCUGUUUUUGUUCUUGCUUUUAAAAUUUGCUUUAUUAUACCUAUGUAUAUUGUACAACCCUUCAAUUAAUAUUAAAUGCAUGUAACUUAACUUAUGGU